UCCUGUCAUCAGUGUCAAUAUUUAUGCAGUUCCUAUACAUUUAAUUGCUAUUGAAAACAUCUUCCAAGAUGAAUAUGUUAUCAGCAAAAAAAAUACGACUGCACGGGAUGCAAAGCACCCGAUGGACCACAAAAGAUAAAUUAACGCAAUACAAAGGCUUAAUAAACCUCUACACCAGAGAUAGAAAGAUAUUGUCGUGCGAUUCGGCUAUAGCGAGAAAGAAGCAACUGAAGGAGAUCAAGCAGUUACGGAAAGAUAUUAAAGAUAAUCGCGCCGAGUUGGACAAUGCGAUUCAGGGUGAUCGCCAAAAACUGCGAAAUGCACUUGCGGAACACCGAGACUUGCAGUUGGGAUUCCAGAACCUCCCUCCUAUCAGAGUCAUUGAUCAUCUUCACCAAGGAAAUUUUAAUCAAAGGAAACUUCUUGACCGAAUGAAUUACCGUAUGAAACAGAAGACUCAAACGCUCAUCUCUUUGAAGCUUGAGUUAGCAGAGUUAGAGGACAGAUUGAUUUAUGAAGGCGUGGAGCCUCUACCGAUAGAAGAGCAGGCACAAACAGUAACGGGAAAGGUACAGGACGCCAUUCUGAAGAAGGAGGCUGCAAUUGCAGUGCGAGCAACUUACAAAAAUAUACUAAACAUCCUGAAAAAGGACUCCAUUUACUUUGAUGUGGUACUGGGGACAUUAAAAUAUGAUAGCUUUGUUCAAAGUAAAUGUAUGAUUCGCACAACCGAGUUAGGGCAGUUGGCGACGGAAUACCUCGACGAUCGGAAACAGGAGUUUAAGGAGCUGGAGCGAAUUGUUAAACGAGACAUGAAAGCCAGAGAACAAUCUCUGAAAAUAGUACGCAAGGAGGUGGCAGAUUUGACGACUAAUAUGGGGACGUUGAUUCGAAGGGAUAGCGACAUAAAUUUGGGAAAAGUUGUGGUUCCGCGGUCUAGUGAUGACGUGGCGUUAGAGCAAGAAUUGGAAAACAUCCAAAAGAUAUUGAAAACUCUACAGGAAACUACUUACGUAUCAAGUUUCGAAGAUAUAUGUCCAUGCUUGCAGGAACAGCAAAAGCAGUCUAAAAGGUUACAAGAACUACUGAAAAAGAGCAAAAACGAUCGAGAUAUACUGUUGAAGAAAAAGGACCACGCGGAUAAAAUGUACACGACGUUGUUGUAUACGAUGAACAGUACUACUUUUGAGUACAAAGCUGAGAAGCAAAAGUUACUCAAUGACAUUCAAGCACAGAUAAAUAGAAAGGACGAUUUGAAAGAACUGAUGUUGCAGCAGGGCGCGUUAUUGGCAAGAGUGCGUGCUGCGUUACAACAGCUUAAUCAAAAGUGCGCGAUUAUUAAGGGAAAAGACACAAAAGCCGACACGAAAGGAGCUAAAUCUCCUAGAAAAGCGCCGACGAGUGCCGGAGCCGUCCUUCCUCCGCCCUACUUUGAAGAAGACGGCAUCAAAAUUAUCGACCAACUCAUACCAAAAUUAACUAUCCUGGUAAAUAACGCCAUGGGUCCGCUCGAAGGAGAAAAGAAGGAUCAAGCCUACAAGUUCUUCCAGGCACUGCAAUCAUCGACCUGUACGUCUGUCACGCUUGAAGAUGAGGAAGUUGAAGAAUCGCUUCUCUCCGACAUCGUAAUUGAAGACGCGUCGGUUCCAACUUACAAUGAUAUUAAGGCGAAAAGUAAGCAAAUUGUCGAAAUAGCUACAAUGGAAGACGAUAUACCACCGGCAGCACAAGUCAAAAAGAAACCCAAAUCUAAUAAGUAGAUACAAAUUUAUACAGAUCUAUACCAUAUCACUGAAUAAAAAGGUAAACCGCCUAUUAUCCUUCU